AUGGGAUUCUCGGUCAAUCCGGAUAAAUACAAGGGUCUUGUCAAGGGUUUGAAAACUAUUGUUGCUGAAGAGGGCAGUCGUGCUGUUUGGAAAGGCUGGUUACCAACUUUUUUCGGUUAUUCAGCUCAAGGUGCUUUUAAAUAUGGUCUCUACGAAGUAUUCAAAGAUCAAUAUGCAAACAUGGUCGGUAAGGACAAUUAUGAUAAAUACAAGGGUCUCAUUUGGUGUGCAGCUUCUG